UAGUGCCUGUUCUAAGGUGAAGCAAACGAUAUACAGCAACGUCCAGCCUUCCAAUUCCAAUCUGCUGUGGGACCCAGAGUUCAUGCUAGAUUUUAUCGAGAACCCUUCUGCUCACAGUGUGAAUUACUCCAUGCUGGGCAAGAUCCUGAGCGAUAACGCGGCCAACCGCUACAGCUUCGUCUGCAACGCGCUGAUGAAUGUGUGCAUGGGCCACCAGGACGCGGGCAGGAUUAAUGACAUAGCAAACCUCUGCGCAGAGCUGACGGCGUGCUGCACGGUGCUUAGCUCGGAGUGGUUAGGGGUCGUCAAAGCUCUUUGCUGCUCUUCAAAUCAUGUCUGGGGUUUCAAUGAUCUGCUCUGCAGCGUGGAUGUGAGCGACCUGUCGUUCCAUGACUCCCUGGCCACUUUCAUCGCUAUCCUGAUCGCCCGGCAGUGCUUUUCUCUGGAGGAUGUAGUUCAGCACGUUGCGCUGCCUUCUCUGCUCGCAGCAGCCUGUGGAGAUCCAGAUGCCGAGCCUGGGGCGAGGAUGACGUGUCGGCUCCUCCUGCACCUCUUCAGGACACCCCAGGUCUGCCUCUUUGCCCAGGGAGCAGGGAAAUUAUUUCCCGGAAUUCGUUCUUCUUGCGAUCGUCACCUCUUGGCUGCUGCUCACAACAGUAUAGAAGUGGGAGCUGUGUUUGCAGUCUUAAAAGCGAUUUUGAUGCUCGGUGACGCCGAAAUUGGCAGCACCAACGUCAGCCCCUUGAAGAGUGAAGACUUCCACGUGAGAGGCUUGUUAGACGAACUCACCGAGGAUGAGAUCUGGGGCUCCUCUCACGCUUUGAAAUCGUGCGGAAAACCUGUUUCCAUCGAAACUGCUAGUUUAAGCGAGUACGCUCGAUACGUGCUAAGAACAAUUUGCCAGCAGGAAUGGGUUGGAGAGCACUGUUUAAAAGAACCUGAGAGGCUGUGCACAGACAAAGAUCUUAUUUUGGACCCUGUUCUUUCGAACAAACAAGCCCAGAAGCUCCUUCAGCUUAUCUGUUAUCCUCAUGGAGUUAAAGAGUGCGCCGAGGGUGACGACCCUCAGCGGCAGCACAUCAAACGCAUUCUGCAGAACUUAGAUCAGUGGACUCUCCGGCAGUCUUGGUUGGAGCUGCAGCUCAUGAUCAAACAGUGCAUGAAGGAGCCCGGUUCUGGGUCUGUGGCUGAAAUGAACAGCUUGUUGGAUAAUAUUGCAAAGGCGACAAUAGAGGUGUUUCAGCAAUCCGCUGAUCUAAACAAUAACUCUUCUAACUCUGGUAUAGGCCUCUUCAAUCCAAACUCUGUUGGAAAUGCUGACACAAGUAAUACAAGACAGAAUGGUAAAAAGACAUUCCUAAGUUCCUCUGAGCGGCGAGGAGUGUGGCUGGUGGCUCCCCUGAUCGCGAAGCUGCCUACCUCCGUUCAAGGUAGGGUCUUGAAAGCUGCGGGAGAGGAGCUGGAGAAGGGUCAGCAUUUGGGGUCGUCUUCUAAGAAGGAAAGAGAUAGGCAGAAACAAAAAAGCAUGUCUCUCUUGAGUCAGCAACCUUUCCUUUCAUUGGUGCUUACUUGCCUUAAGGGACAGGAUGAGCAGCGGGAAGGGCUUCUGACAUCGCUGCAGAAUCAAGUUAAUCAGAUCCUUAGUAACUGGAGGGAAGAACGGUACCAGGACGGUGUUAAAGCUAGGCAAAUGAUGCACGAAGCCCUACAACUUCGUCUUAACUUGGUGGGCGGGAUGUUUGACACGGUGCAGAGGAGCACCCAGUGGACCACGGACUGGGCGCUCCUGCUCCUCCAGAUCAUCACCCGGGAACCGUCGAUCAUCUCCUCGGGAACCGUCGACAUGCAGACCAACAACGAAUUGUUCACGACCGUACUCGACAUGCUGGGCGUCCUCAUCAACGGGACGCUUGCCUCUGACUUGUCCAACGCUUCCCAGGGAGGGCCUGAGGAGAACAAAAGGGCUUACAUGAACUUGGUGAAAAAAUUAAAAAAGGAGCUGGGAGACAAGCAGUCAGAAAGCAUCGACAGGGUUCGCCAGCUGCUCCCUUUGCCGAAGCAGACGUGUGACAUUAUUACUUGUGAGCCCAUGGGAUCCUUGAUCGACACCAAGGGGAACAAAAUUGCAGGGUUCGACUCCAUUGAUAAGAAGCAGGGUCUUCAGGUUUCGACGAAACAAAAGGUGUCCCCUUGGGAUUUGUUUGAAGGUCACAAAAAUCCUGCUCCUCUCUCCUGGGCGUGGUUUGGCACAGUCCGUGUUGAGAGGAAAGUGAUCAAAUACGAGGAGCAGCAGCAUCUCCUCCUGUACCACACGCACACCAAACCCAAGCCACGGAGUUACUACCUCGAGCCCUUGCCCCUUCCUCCAGAGGAGGAGGAGGAAGAGCCCACCACACCCGUGUCUCAGGAACCAGAAAGAAAGUCGGGAGAGCUCUCAGAGCUGGGAAAACAUGCCGCGGACGACGAGAAGAAGACAAAAGGCAGGAAGCGGAAGUCCAAGUCGAGCUCAAGGGCUGACGAAUAUCCACCCAACAGCUUCUACAGAGUGCCUCCCGCUUACUCGCCGCUCCCG